CUCUUCUUGCCCUGUCAGGGUUCUGGUCUCGGGGACCAGGCUGCUUUCAGGCAGCAGGGGGGCAGCGCGUCUGCCCCUGUUCAACCUUGUAAGGAUGAUUCCUCAACCGUCCUGCGGGGGAGGCAGCCCGCCGCCCAAGCGGCUUUCAGGCAGCAGGGGGGCAGCGCGUCUGCCCCUGUUCAACCUUGUAAGGAUAAUUCCUCAAAAAAAAAAGGGCGCCACCGUACCGGACUGGGCCGUCUGCCGCGUGCCGGCCGGCCGUACCGCCGUCCUGGCACAGCUGCGCGACGAGUUCACUGGCUGGUGGCGCCUAUACUCCGCCCAGCCUGCAGACACGCCCCUGCCUUCCGACGUGACGGAGCAGCUGGAUGACGCCGCGCAGCAGGUGCAGACGGCCUACAUGGACUACGUGCUCCUAGACGCCCGCACCCUGCGGUCCGCUAAGCGUGGGCCGGCGGACCCCGGCGGGGCCGGCGGGCCCAGCCGCCGGCAACGCCAGCACCGCAGCCGCAGUACCUCCAGCCUCAUGAGCCUGGGCAGCUUCUGUCUGGUGGACCCUUGGGCGAGCAAGCGUGGCGGCGCCAAGGGCUACACGCAUCCGGCCACACCCAAGCCGGCCACUCCCGCACGCCUGGAUCGGUGGUAUGUCAGUGCCACCGCGGCGCCGUGGGUGGUGGAUGUCGCUCGCACGUAUGGGGCGCCUGGGGACCACAACGGUGUGCUGCUCACCCUGUCCUUGCCCGAUCUGCCACAUGCGCACCGGGAGCAGUGGCGCUUCCCCACGUACCUGCUGUUUCACCCCUCGCUGCGUUUGGAGCUCGAGCAGCGCUUGGAGGCGCACGUUGCCGCAAAUCCCGUGGCCAGUACAGGUGACGGCGCUUGCACGCAAUGGGAGGCGGACAAGUUCUUCUUGCGGGAGGCCGCCACCAGCAUCCACCGUCGGCAUGCACGCCAGACCCGGGACGGGCUGCAUGGCGUGGUGCUGGCCGCAGACGCGGCCGCUGCCCUGGCCGACCGGCCGGGUGCCAGCGCCGCGCAGCGUCAGGCUGCGGCCAUGGCCAACUUGGCGGUGCGGGAGGAGCGGGCAGCUGCCGCAGCGGCCAGCCACAAUGCCCGCGCUGCACUGAUGGAGGAGCAUGGGGAGCGGGGCACUCGCUGGUUCCAUCGACAGGCGGACGAGCCAGCAGCCGGCGCGCAGGAGCCCAUCACGCACUUGAAGGUGCCGGGGCAACCGGCGCCUGUGGCGCUCACGGGGCCGGGCACGCGCAACACGGUCUCCGCAGCCGCCGCAGCCAUGUACAGCAGCACCAGCCCCACCGGCCUGUUCCGUGUGCAGCCGGUCUGUACGGCGUCGCAGCAACAGCUUCUGGCGGCCAUUGACCGCAAGGUUCCGGCGGAUCUGCACACCGCCGCAGAGGGGUCCGGGGACGGCGCCCUCAGUGAUGCCGAGCUGAUGGCAGCGCUGGCUGGCUCCGCCAAUGGUAAAGCACCUGGGUCGGACGGGGUUCCGUACGAGGUGUACAAGGUCUUCUGGGCGCUGCUGGGCCCGCGCUUGUGUGCUGCUGCUGCCGCUGCCUUUGCUGCCGCUGCAGACGCCCACGAUGGCGGCGAAAUGGCGGCGGCGCUGCCUGCCUCCUGGCGGGAGGGCAUCAUUACGCUCAUCUACAAGGGCAAAAGCCUGGACCGCGCCGAGCUGGCGUCCUACCGGCCCAUCACGCUGCUCAACUGCGACUUCAAGAUGGUGUCCAAGGCCGUCAGCGCCCGCCUGCAGCCCGCCCUGGAUGCAGUUGUGGAUGAGCUGCAGACCGCGUUCAUCACCGGCCGCUGGAUUGGAGACAACGCGCUGUACCUCCAAGGCCUGAUCGAAUGGAUGCGCCUGGACGUGGGCGCGGACGGCGCGCCACGGCAGGGUGAUGGCAACAAAGUGCUCCAGCUUAGCCGCCUUGAGCUGUGCGGCUCGCGGGACCAGUACGCACACCAGACGGCGUACAAGAAGGUGGCCCGCAAAGUGAAGCCCAGCCUAUACUCAGCCCAGCCUGCAGACACGCCCCUGCCUUCCGACGUGACGGAGCAGCUGGAUGACGCCGCGCAGCAGCAGCAACAGCAACCGCAACCGCCACGGCGCUGCCGUGGCCGGCGGGGGCUCAUAAUGCGGCCACCAGUGGGAGCGGCGAACCUUCGGCUGCUGACAGUGAAUGUCAACGGCCUGGGCUCGCCGCUCAAGGCGCGGGCGCUGGUCUCGCACCUGCAGCAAGUUGGGGCGGAUGUGGCGAUGGUGCAGGAGACCCACGCUACUGACACGACAGCGCUGGAGUCUUGCCUUCGUGCCGCGCAGGGGGCGUGCCUUCCGUGGCGCCACUGCCUCGCUGCCAGCCCGGCAGCGUCGCCCCACUCCUGUGGGGCGGCUAUCCUGGCGCGGAGUCGGCUGUCCCUUCCAGGCUGCGUACUGCAGCCGCCGUCAACGGAUGCGGCGGGCCGUGUGGUAUGUUGGGAUUGGGACGUGGGUCACUUGCGCCUGCGCUUCGUGUGUGUGUAUGCGCCCACGGCCGUGGCGGACAAGCCUGCUUUCUUUGCCGGGCUGCAUCCCCACCUGGCCACGGACAGGGUGCUUGUUGUCGGUGGGGACUGGAACUGUGUCACCGAUGCCAGUCAGGAGGCGGCCCCUAGCCCGUCACGUGCUGCAGGUGCCCCGCAACUUGCCAGCCUCCUCGCCCAGUUCAGUCUGGUGGACCCUUGGGCGAGCAAGCGUGGCGGCGCCAAGGGCUACACGCAUCCGGCCACGCCCAAGCCGGCCAAUCCUGCACGCCUGGAUCGGUGGUAUGUCAGUGCCACCGCGGCGCCGUGGGUGGUGGAUGUCGCUCGCACGUAUGGGGCGCCUGGGGACCACAACGGUGUGCUGCUCACCCUGUCCUUGCCCGAACUGCCACAUGCGCACCGGGAGCAGUGGCGCUUCCCCACAUACCUGCUGUUUCACCCCUCGCUGCGUUUGGAGCUCGAGCAGCGCUUGGAGGCGCACGUUGCCGCAAAUCCCGUGGCCAGUACAGGUGACGGCGCUUGCACGCAAUGGGAGGCGGACAAGUUCUUCUUGCGGGAGGCCGCCACCAGCAUCCACCGUCGGCAUGCACGCCAGACCCGGGAUGGGCUGCAGGGCGUGGUGCUGGCCGCAGACACGGCCGCUGCCCUGGCCGACCGGCCGGAUGCCAGCGCCGCGCAGCGUCAGGCUGCGGCCAUGGCCAACUUGGCGGUGCGGGAGGAGCGGGCAGCUGCCGCAGCGGCCAGCCACAAUGCCCGCGCUGCACUGAUGGAGGAGCAUGGGGAGCGGGGCACUCGUUGGUUCCAUCGGCAGGCUGACGAGCCAGCAGCCGGCGCGCAGGAGCCCAUCACGCACUUGAAGGUGCCGGGGCAACCGGCGCCUGUGGCGCUCACGGGGCCGGGCACGCGCAACACUGUCUCAGCAGCCGCCGCAGCCAUGUACAGCAGCACCAGCCCCACCGGCCUGUUCCGCGUGCAGCCGGUCUGUACGGCGUCGCAGCAACAGCAGCUUCUGGCGGCCAUUGACCGGAAGGUUCCGGCGGAUCUGCACGCCGCCGCAGAGGGGUCCGGUGACGGCGCCCUCAGUGAUGCCGAGCUGAUGGCAGCGCUGGCUGGCUCCGCCAAUGGUAAAGCACCUGGGUCGGACGGGGUCCCGUACGAGGUGUACAAGGUCUUCUGGGCACUGCUGGGCCCGCGCUUGUGUGCUGCUGCUGCCGCUGCCUUUGCUGCCGCUGCAGACGCCCACGAUGGGUUUCAGGGGUUGCCUGCUUCCUGGCGGGAGGGCAUCAUUACGCUCAUCUACAAGGGCAAAAGCCUGGACCGCGCCGAGCUGGCAUCCUACCGGCCCAUCACGCUGCUCAACUGCGACUUCAAGAUGGUGUCCAAGGCCGUCAGCGCCCGCCUGCAGCCCGCCCUGGAUGCAGUUGUGGAUGAGCUGCAGACCGCGUUCAUCACCGGCCGCUGGAUUGGAGACAACGCGCUGUACCUCCAAGGCCUGAUCGAAUGGAUGCGCCUGGACGUGGGCGCGGACGGCUCGCCACGGCAGGGUGGUGCGCUGUACUUCUUGGACAUUGAAAAGGCGUAUGACCGGGUGCACCGGCAGUGGCUGUAUGCGUCCGCGGAGGGACUUGGGUUUGGGCCGCGCAUGCUGCGCUGGAUCCGCCUGCUCACUGCCAACGGCUCCGCCCGUGUGUGUGUCAACGGGAUGCUCUCUGACGCCUUCCCAGUGCUGAACGGCUUGCCGCAGGGCAGCACCGCCUCACCACCCCUGUGGGUCAUCCAGAUGCAGCCACUGACGUCCUUUCUGCGGCGGCAGGUGGAGCAAGGGGCACUGCGCACGCCCCUGUUACCCAGCGGCGAGCAGGCGCCACCGGCUGCCCACCACGCUGACGACACGACCCUCACGGCGCGCGACCCGGCGGUGGACGGGCCGGUCCUGAUGGCGGCAGUACAGCUGUUCUGCCGCGCGUCCAACGCCCGUGUCCAUCCGGAUAAGAGCAAGGCCAUGGGCCUUGGCAGGUUUGCGCACCUGACGGGCCCUUGCCCACACAAAUAAUAAUAAUAAUAUCUACGCAGGGCACAGGUGCCCGCGUGUCUUAAGGAGGAGUGAGACAAGCUCACCCCACCAUCGGAAAACUUGAUUUCCCUACCCCGGCUCCCCUGCGCGGGGGCCGCCAUUGGCGGUCCCCUGGGUGCGGCCUCCCGGGCGGCAUCGGGUAUUGGCAAUGCCCAUCUCUCGCUCUAGCCGGUAGUACAGGUUUGCGGUGCCCCGGAGUGUGGUGACGCUAUGCAUGUGGAGACGUGUGCAGCAGGCCUUGGCUGCCUGCGGUUUGGCUCCUAGGUCUUUGAGGAGAGUUUCAAGGGUACGGGGGACAGUGCCACCGUGGCCCAGUGUAAUAACGUGUUUAGUAUCGUAGUGCACAGUCCACCCUGCAGCUCGCAUGGCAGUGGCAAGCGUGGCGUGCUGUGCUUGUUUUUGAAUGAGCUUCUCGCUGUGGUGCAGGUCAGAGGUGUAUCCAACUUCAAGGAUGUACACUGGGUAGGCCCCUUUGUUGGCUGGUGGGGAUGUCAUGAAGCGUUCUGCUUCGGACCGGGGAAGGUUCGGGAUAAACAGAAUGUCAGGCCGCAUCCUGUUGAGGUCUGCAGCGGGCACUUGCGGGCAGAGCCAGGACGGCGGCCGCAUGCCCGCACAGUACUCAGGCAGUUCAGCUCGGGAGGUGGCAUCCAUUAUCAUGUAGCCACCACCGUUGUGACCAUGGUGUAGGCAUUCGGCAAUCGUCCGCACUGCAGUGUUGUGUUUGGCUAUCCUAGCGCCAACGAGUUGGGGGUGCGCGCAGUGGCCGGCAAGGUGACCUGCGGUGCCACGCUCUGGGUCAGAUCCGCGGCUGCGCUGGGUGUGGGCACAGAGACCACAUUUGUCGCUGUCUCGUAGUUUAAACAAAGCCAGCCGGGCCGGGCAGAUGAGGCCUCCCUGACGAGCAUUCUGUAUGAACCGGCGUAGGCCGUGGCUGGCGUCCGAGUUCGUCAUGUACGCGUUACUGGCGCGUGGGUCAAGGCUGGGUGCUGCCUCGGCCCAUUUCUCAGUGUACAGGGUUUUGUUGGCGUAUCCACCACGGCAGCUGGGGGCCAUUGCCCUGGUGAGGCCCCGGUUUAGGUCCGACACGUAGUGCGUGGCUGUGCUAUCGUCGUCCCUGGUGACUGUGAAGGUCGGCCACCAGUGCCGGGCGUGCGGGUCGUUGUCGGCCGGUUCGGAUACAUCGGCGGGUUUUUCCUGGGUGGCGACGGCAGCCGCCCCUUUAUCGGCUUCCUCGUUGCCGUGUAGCCCGGUGUGCGAGAUCACUUUAAUCAGAGCGGUGGGUGCGCCCCGGGCGUGGCGUGCAUGGAGCAAUGCCACGACUGAAUCCAGGAGGUCCCGAUGUUUACUCAGAUGCAGUCGCCGGGGCUCGUUAAUUGCUCGUUUGAUUAGGUACAAGCUUGCAACAGAAUCUGAUGCAAUAGUGAGCUUCUUAGUUGCAAAUUCUUUACCUUCGCCACCAAAUUCUGCGAGGGCAGCACGAAUUGCUGCCAGUUCAGCUCUCGUAAUAGUGUUUGUGCACCCAGCGCCAUUUGGAUUCACGUAGACAACGCGAGAAUCGCUGAACCAGGCGCAGGCGCCGGCAACCUGGACUUCUUUGCCAUUGUCAGUUUUGAUUUUGCUUACCGAACCAUCUGUCCAGACAGUGCCAUUCACGUCGUGGGCCAGAGCAUGGUGGGUCUGGAAUCGCGCGUUAGGAAAGCGUCGUGCUUCGUCAGCCAUGGCGUGUAUCGUCUUUGGGUUAGCGUGCUGGUAUUUGGCUUGCUUUAGAAGUGAGUUUGGGAGGGCCGGGCAGGUUGGGGCCGUGGCCGUGUGUGUCCACGUGCGCGGGUCGCUGAUGUGCGUGGGUGCGUUCGCCCCCCGUUUCAGUGUGUCCACGAGCCGUUUCAGGCGGGGGGCAAAGCACUGGAGUCCGGCGGGGUUCCCAACAAUGACCAGUCGGAGCCCCUUCUGGCGUUCAGCCUGGGUGUUGGUGCCAAGUCCUGUGUCAAGGCCCGCGGUGCCCGCGGACCAGUUGGCCAGCUCGUGGCAAAGUGGGUGUUGAAGCCACUGCGUGUGGGGGAAAGUGGCCGCUUUGGGGAGCGCCAAUACAGUGAGGGUUGGUUCCUGUGAGUCACGCAUAGCCUCGGCGCAUGCGAGGGCCCACAUGAGCGCCUUCCGUGCAUCGUGGGGGGUAGAGGGGGGGUGGGCAUAUUGCAAGCCGGUCCAUGCGGUCUGGUAGGCAUCGUGCAGUGCGCCAAAGGCCCCAUCAGCAGGGUCUCGUGUCCAGUAUUCGUGGGCUGCAGUGGAGGAGUUUAGUGGGGAUGCAAACAUUUCCCGAAUGUGUA